AUGCCCAAUCUAGAGCCGUGGAUCCCCACGGGCAAUGCCUUAUCUUGUAAAGUUAACCAGGAUGGUGCUGCAGAUGGCCACCUUGUGUGGGCUAAGGUGGAGCUGACCAUGCAUGCCACUGUGGAGGUGUACCUGGGUGACUUGGCUCAGAUCUCAUGUCAGUACAGCUUCACUGACACCAGCAACAAGCCCAGCACCAUCAUGAUUCAGUGGUUUGUGAGAGCUGCUGGGAACAGCUCACGGAUUCGGAUUUUCUACAGUGAUCAGACUGAGCAGAUGGUAGAUAACAACACUGAAUACAGUGGUCGCAUCCAUGUGACCUCACACCACCAAGAAACUCAACUCACCAUCCAGGACGUCCUGCUCUUUGACCAGAGAGAAUUCUUUUGCCAGGUUAAUGGGUUGGCAGCUGGAAACGCUGAAGGCAAGACCCACCUCAAGGUGUUUGCACCCCCAGAAGCUCCAGUGAUUGAGGGUGUCCUUAGUGGAAUCUCUGUAAUCAACGAGGAACCAUCUAAGGUAGCAUCGUGUGAGUCCCGGAAUGGCUUUCCUAAACCCAAUAUCACCUGGUACAAGAACAGCAUGCUGCUGAUUCCUACACUAGGAUAUGUGAAUGUGUUGAUCUUGGUGACCCGGGAGUCCAGUGGCUUCUACUCAGUCCAGAGCACACUGGAGUACAUGGUUGAAAAGGAGGACAAGGAUGCUAUUUUCUCCUGUGAGGUCAGCUUUUUUGUCCCCGGAGCCAUCAAGACAGUUGAAUCAAAUGGCAUCAACAUCACAGUUCACUACCCUACCACUAUGGUUGAGCUGUGGAAAGAUUCACCGCAGGGCUUGGUCAAAGAGGGGGAUACUGUGGAGCUGCGUUGCCAGGGUGAUGGCAAUCCCCCACCACCUUUCCUUUUCAACAAAGAACCAGAGCCAGAUGUGGACUUGGACAGCAGAGAUGACCUGCUGAUCCUGACAGCAGUCACACGACAAGACAGCGGCGUUUACCAGUGUCACCCUGUGGACACAGAUGGCACCAACGAGGUCAAAGGACAAAUGCAGCUGACUGUGCACUACCUGGACCCUGCUGUAGUUGUCCCAAAAGAAUCAGAGCUCAUGUUCAAAGGGGAGAGUCUGACUGCCACCUGCAAUGCUCCGUCCUCACUGAAAACCUCCACUGUCUGGUACAAGGAUGGGAAGCAGAUGGGACAGGGGAACAUGUUGCUCAUCCAGGAUGCCAGCUAUGAAACGACAGGAGAGUAUGUGUGUGAGGUGACCGUUUCCUCGCUUCCAACCCUGCACACCGUGGCUUCUGUACACAUCAUCGUUCAAGGUGGUCCCCAUCUGGUGGGUGUGGACAGAGAGGUACAGCAGGAGGAGGAAACGGGUCAGAUGGUAAACCUGAGCUGUGAGGCACAGGGUCAUCCACUCCCCAGCAUCGACUGGAGCAUCACCGGCAGCCAGAACUGGUAUGAGGUGGUGAAAAGGGCAAAUGAUCACAUGACUCACAGUGUGGUGUCAGUCAAAGUAACGUCGGACAUCAGCGCUCUGUGUAACGCCUCCAAUGACAUGGGCAGUGAAGUCAAAGCUUUCACCAUCAAAGCCAUUCCCACGGCCACUUCGACGGCUCCCUUCUCUCCUGGAAGUAAUGGCGCAUUGACUGAUGGGAAGCAGAUGGGACAGGGGAACAUGUUGCUCAUCCAGGAUGCCAGCUAUGAAACGACAGGAGAGUAUGUGUGUGAGGUGACCGUUUCCUCGCUUCCAACCCUGCACACCGUGGCUUCUGUACACAUCAUCGUUCAAGGUGGUCCCCAUCUGGUGGGUGUGGACAGAGAGGUACAGCAGGAGGAGGAAACGGGUCAGAUGGUAAACCUGAGCUGUGAGGCACAGGGUCAUCCACUCCCCAGCAUCGACUGGAGCAUCACCGGCAGCCAGAACUGGUAUGAGGUGGUGAAAAGGGCAAAUGAUCACAUGACUCACAGUGUGGUGUCAGUCAAAGUAACGUCGGACAUCAGCGCUCUGUGUAACGCCUCCAAUGACAUGGGCAGUGAAGUCAAAGCUUUCACCAUCAAAGCCAUUCCCACGGCCACUUCGACGGCUCCCUUCUCUCCUGCUGAGGGCAGCGGUGUGAUCAUUGUGGCCAUCAUCCUGAGUCUGCUGCUGCUGGCCAUCCUGGGCAGCGUCCUCUACUUCCUCCAUAAGAAGGGGAAGGUCCCGUGUGGACGCUCGGGGAAGCACAGCGUCACCAAUGAAAAGUCCAGCAAAGACGACAUCGUUGCAGAGAUGAAGACAAGUGUGAAGAACGAGGGAGCGGUGCUGCUGAAGGAGAUGAGAAAGGCCUGAGGCAGCAGUGACAUGCAGCCGGAGGCGGAACGUGGAGACGGAGACCAGAGACCAACUCACUGUCCGCACAUUCCCAUCAUGCUCUCUGCUCAGCGGUACUCCUACGCUGACACACUCGUAGAUCUUGUUUCGGUUGUUUGCUGUGUGUACGAUGCUGAUUUUUUUUUUAAGUGUGUAUAUUUGCUCGAUUUGUUAUUUAAAGUGUUCAGGCUGUUUGCUUAUUUGCUGAUUUUUCUUUAAACUUGUUUAGUCUCCAACAUAUUGCAGGUGUCACCAGCACAUUUUCAUACGUGGUGCCAAUAUUUGCCAAAAUAAUUCACAGCACUCAUGCUGCAGUUUUUGAGCCAAAACAAACAAACAAAGAAAAAACACGUACAACAAAUAAAAGGAGACGUGUUGUUUGGAUGCAGAACAUCUGAAGCAUCAGGAAGCUCGAAGGCUUCAGAA